AUGAGCAAUCCUAUUGUUGGCAGUGAGCCACAUUCUCGUCUUGAUGACUUUCUUCGACUCGAAACGCAACUUUCAGACAGCGACCUUAAUAUUGACGAACCUAAAGACCGGGCUUCGGGGUUACAUGACAUCCACCUCCAAGACUCUCGGACAUUCUCGGAGACACUCUAUAAACAAAUAUACGGCAUUCCCGAAACAUGGCUUAGUCUCAUGUCUCAAACCACUCGACUAGCCAAUGCCAUGCAGACCUUCAUCGUGGCCCGAAAAUCGAGAAAGACAGUGCAUCUUGAAACAUGGGAGGCCUUACAACGCCGCAGCAUGAGGCUGGAGAACAUGAUAUGCUCUUUUGAUCUCGGCUGGGCGCGCGGCGGAUCGGCAGAACUGCAGGUCAACACCAAAUCCCACGCGUGCAUGCUGGAAGCGCUCAGCGCUGCUCUGGUGAUUUUCUUCUACCGCCGGAUCCGAGAUGCUCAUCCGGCUGUCCUGCAAGGGCAUGUUGACAGCGUCAUCAAUUCUUUAGAACAGUGCAGCGCCGCAUUCGCUGAAGGCGACCCUACCGGACCUGGCACUGCUUGGCCGGUGUUCAUUGCCGGUUGUGAGGCUACCACAUCUGCAAGACGGGAAGCAAUCCUCAGGAUUAUUGAUAAAGCAAGCUCGAAAUCUGGUUUGAUCGCUUUCAGCACUGCGAGGAGUCUUAUGACGGAAGUAUGGAACAAGCAGGAUGAGAUCCUUGUUGCGAACCGGGGCGAACCGAUGCCUUCAUGGAUCGAAAUUGUCAAACAAGGUCAGAUAUGGCCUCUAUUUUGUUGA